AUGUUCAGCGCAAUUUCUGAGCGUAGGAAAGCCAUUGAGGCAGAAGGUGUCUAUAUCGGCGGAUUUGGAUUCAAUGGCGCCGUGAUGCCGACAAAGACUGCUGAUGGCAAACAUGAUUCCACCGAGGACCGGAUCGAACAGUUCAAUGCUGCUCAGCAAGACUGGACACCACAGGAAGAAGCAAAGCUCUUGCGAAAGCUGGACCUUCGGAUCCUGCUACCUUGCUGUAUUAUCUACUUUGUUGCAUACCUCGACCGAGCGAACUUGGGAAAUGUGAAAAUCUUACAAUCCAAAACCCCGGACUCAAUUUCCUCGUCGCUAAAUCUGAAGGGAGUCGAUUUCAAUUGGGCUGUUUCAAUCUCAUAUUUCACCGUCACUGCGUUGCUCAUCCCGUCAACGUUGGUUUUUAAGAAGUAUUCGGCUAAGAUAUAUUUCCCGACCAUCAUGAUCUUAUGGGGCGCUGUUGUCAUGGCCAUUGCAGGCGUUAAAUCGAGCGCCGGUCUGCUCGUAGCACGCUUUUUUCUUGGUAUUCCAGAGUCAGGUGUCGUGCCAUGCUGCGUGCUAUAUUUCAGCUUCUGGUACCGUCCUCGAGAGCGUGCCUGGAGACUCGCUGUAUUCCAUGCAUUCAAUGCACUAGCAGGCGCAGUCUCGGCGUUUUUUGCGGCAGCUAUUGAUCAUCUCAACAACCGGGGCGGCCUGAAAUCCUGGCAGUGGGUGUUCAUCAUCGAGGGUGCUAUCCCGGUCGUCCUCGCAUUUCCUGUAUACCUCCUCCUUUUGACAUUUCCCGAAACUUCCAAAGCUCUGUCCGAGAGAGAACGCUACAUUUCAAUCAACCGCUUUGGCCGGGGCGCUACCCGUUCAACUGAUGUAACAUGGGAUACGUCGGCCUUCAUUCGUAUUAUGACGCGGCCAUCUACCUACUGCUUCUUUGUCUCCUACAUUUGUGUGACAAUUAUCGCCGUCUCGCAAGCGACUUUUCUGCCGUCGAUUUUCCACAAUUUCAUGAGUUUCUCAACAACCAAAUCCAACCUCUACACGGCUGCAAUGGAACUUUCAAUCAUACCUUUGUACCUAAUAUGGUCACUGCACAGCGAUUGGGUCAGAGAGCGCACAUGGCAUUUCAUCUUGCCCUGCAUAGCGAGCAUCCCUUGUUACGCUGUUUGGACCCACUUCUCCUUCAACGCAGAUACCACGUCUAUCAAACCGAUCAGUUUAUACGGCGUCUCACUCCUCGGCAAAGGGAUCGUGAUAUCGCAGCCAAUCAUUCUCAGCUUCCGCUCAUCGACUCUAUACGGUGCUGCCGAACAAGCAGUCGGUACAUCCGCCGCUGUUGCGAGCUUGUCGAUUGCGAGUAUCAUCGCCCCACAGAUUUUCCCGGAUAGCGAUGGACCGCUCUACCAGCGCGGUUUCAUCGCCUGUCUUGCACUGGAAGUAGUUGCCGUUCUAUCAUACUGCUGCAUUCCUAUGCUUUUGCUUUGGGAAGCCGAAAGCCGGAAGAAGAAGACCGGCCAUGUCAUGCCUCUCAGAGCCAUCCUUGAUGCCGAGAAUGCACAGGUCUCCGAGGCUACCAUUGCUCGGCUCCAUGCUAUUCAGGCAGAAGAAGAACAGGCGCAUUACCUUGAGAAAGCUAAGUUCAAGGGAAGCAGUGUGGAACAUGUGGAUCUUGGAGACGGGUCCGACGUAGUGGGUAAACUCGAAUAG